GUCAUGUGAUCAGCUGUGUCCAAUCACAGCUGAUCGCAUGGGACAUGUACACUGAUCAUCAGGACACUGAUGAUCAGUGUGCCCUGAGGAUCAGUGUAGCCCCAGCAGUGCCACCUGUCAGUGUCCAUCAGUGCCAGCUGUAAGUGCUCAUCCAUGCAAUGACACAUUUCAGUGCCUACCAGUGCACAUCAAUGCCACAUAUCAGUGCCCAUCUGAGCUGCCUUUCAGUGUCACCCAUCAAUGCCAGUCAGGGCCACCUAUCAGUGCUGCCACUCAGUGCCAAUAAGUGCCAAUCAGUGCCAGUCAGUGCCGCCUAUCAGUGUGCAUCAGUGCCGCCUAUCAGUGCCAGUCAGAGCCGCUUAUCAGUGCCACCUAUCAGUGCCAUAUAUCAGUGCUGCCUUUCAGUGCCCAUCAGUGAUGCCUGUCAAUGCCCAUCAGUG